AUGGAUCCCCAAGAUCGCAUCCGAGCCGCUGCUGAAUUUCUCGAUCCCAGUGAUCCUCGAGCGAGGAGCUAUCGAGCGGAUAUCGUUUUGAUGCUCAAUCGUGGAUUGCGAAGACUUACAGUCAGCUUAGAUGAGAUUAGAGCGCACAGCGCAGAAUUGGCUAAUGGUCUCUUUACGUCUCCCCACGAUUACACUGCAGCCUUCAAUGCGGCGUUGAAAGAAAUUAUCAGCACAUUGCCCAAUCGAUCGGCCAAGGAGACUUCAAAUGAUACGAUGUACUACUGUGCUUAUGUAGGCGCUUUCGGCGAAUAUGCUUGCAAUCCUCGCACAUUGGGUUCAUCCCACUUAAACCGAUUGAUAAGCCUUGAAGGCAUUGUUACGAAAUGUUCUCUCGUCCGACCGAAGAUUAUCAGAAGUGUUCACUACAGUGAGAAAAAGGAGGAAUUUUUGAUGAGGACGUAUCAGGAUCAGACCAUGACGGCCAGCGGGGCUACGAAUUUGAAUGUUUACCCUCAGGAGGAUGAUGAAGGGAAUCCGCUGAUCACCGAGUACGGAUAUUGUAUAUAUCGCGACCAUCAAACAAUAUCGAUACAAGAAAUGCCCGAACGUGCCCCGGCUGGGCAGCUCCCUCGCGGUGUUGAUGUCAUACUUGACGAUGAUCUCGUCGAUAAAACCAAACCAGGUGACCGGAUUCAAUUGGUCGGGAUACAUAGGUCUCUCGGAAACCGAAAUGCGAGCACGAGCAGCUCUACAUUCCGCACUGUGAUCCUAGCAAACAACAUCAUUCAACUCAGCUCGAAAUCAGGGGGUGGGAUUGCUCAAGCGACCAUAACAGAUACUGAUAUCCGCAAUAUCAAUAAACUUGCGAAGAAGAAGAACGUCUUCGAUCUCCUGUCUCAGUCUCUCGCACCAAGUAUAUAUGGUCAUGAUUACAUCAAGAUGGCCAUUCUCUUGAUGUUAUUAGGUGGCAUGGAAAAGAAUCUGGACAAUGGAACUCAUCUUCGUGGUGACAUUAACAUUUUGAUGGUUGGUGACCCGUCCACUGCCAAAUCACAACUUCUUCGUUUUGUCCUCAACACAGCUCCUCUUGCCAUCGCCACGACCGCUGUAACUACUGACAAGGAAACUGGUGAACGACGGUUGGAAGCUGGUGCCAUGGUCCUGGGAGAUCGGGGUGUUGUCUGUAUAGACGAGUUCGACAAAAUGAGUGACAUCGAUCGAGUGGCCAUCCACGAAGUCAUGGAACAGCAAACAGUCACGAUCGCCAAAGCUGGAAUCCAUACUACGCUUAAUGCCCGAUGUAGCGUCAUCGCAGCUGCAAAUCCGAUUUAUGGACAGUACGAUACACAUAAGGAUCCCCACAAGAAUAUUGCCUUGCCGGAUUCCCUUCUCUCGCGUUUUGAUUUACUCUUUGUUGUUACAGAUGAUAUCGAGGAUGCUAGAGACCGCAUGGUAUCUGAACAUGUUCUCCGUAUGCAUCGGUACAGACAUCCCGGCACAGAAGAAGGUGCUCCGGUUCGUGAGCAGGUUAACAGCACCCUUGGCAUCGGAUUGGAAGAGAAUCAAGACGCCAACCGCCCGACUGAGGUUUAUGAGAAGUUCAACGUCAUGCUCCAUGCAGGCAUGUCCGCGACUGGUCGGGGACCAAACAAGAAAAUCGAAGUGCUCAGCAUGCCAUUCAUUAAGAAAUAUAUUCAGUAUGCUAAAUCAAGAAUCAAGCCCGUGCUCACCAAGGGAGCCGCAGAUCACAUCGUGGCGACCUACUCCUCCCUCCGAAACGACGAACUCUCCGGAAACCAGCGGAAGACCUCACCCAUGACCGCACGUACUCUCGAAACCCUCAUCCGUCUCUCCACCGCGCACGCCAAGGCCCGACUGUCAAGUAGAGUCGAAGAAAAAGAUGCAAAAGUAGCAGAGUCAAUCCUCCGCUUCGCUCUAUUUAAAGAAGUAGUCGAGGACGAGCGACGCAAGCGGAGAAAAACAGCUGCUCUGGAGUCCGACUCGGACUCAGCUGAUUCGGACUCCGACGCAGAGGACACCCAGCAAACACCAGCUGCUCCUGGUCCACGCUCAACUCGCCGCCCAGGCCUCAGGGGCAGCACCGCCACCACACGAAACGGAACCACAGCCACCAACCACGACAAUGGCGAUGACGACAACGACAACGACAGCUUAUAUGACGCUAGCCCCAGCUCCCGCCGCACCCUCCCCGCCUCCCGCCAAAACGGUACCCAACUCGGCACCACCACCGAAUCUGAAUCCCAGAUGUCCUUCGCCUCCUCCCAGCCAGCCUCACAGCUUCUCCAUUCCCAAACGGACAGCCAAUCUCAGACGCAGGGGCAGCCCGGGGCCAACUCUAUCGUAGCCGCCGUUGAAGCUGCGAGAACUCUGCCCCCGUUAUCAGCUGCUCGUCUGGCGACGUUUAGACAGGCGCUGGGCCAGCUGAUGAGGUCUGAGCUGUUCGAGAGUGAUUCGGCUGGUGUGCGGGAGGUGGUUGGGAAUGUGAAUGGGGUUGUUGAGGGGGCGGGAGGGAAGGGAUUUGAGCUUGCGGAGGCGGUGCAGGCGCUUGGUGUGAUGAAUGAGAGGAAUGAGAUUAUGUAUCUUGGUGACGAAACGGUUUAUCGGAUAUGA